CGGACGUCAGAGUGGGGAGCGGAAGGUCAGGACUGCUCGGAGCGGAAGUGAGACGGGGAGUCUGUCCGCCAUUGUGGACCCGAGGAGCGGAGUGCGAGAGAGAAGAGGAACGAGUAAGCGGAAAGCAGGAGUCCCCCUCCUCCGUUUCCCCAGUGCAAGCCUUCUUUCUUCCUGGCCUCGCAGCCAGCGGCGGCGAUAGGGACAAUCACUUGGCGGAGGGCGGCGGCCGACGGCUGGGAGUGCACGGGGAGAGGCCCAGGAGGCGGCGGCGGCGGCGGCGGCGGCGGCAUCAGCAGCAGCAGCUCUUGGGUUGUGGUGAAGAAUGUCAGCCACUAGCGUGGAUCAGAGACCUAAAGGGCAAGGAAAUAAAGUUUCAGUACAAAAUGGUUCGAUUCAUCAGAAAGAUGCUGUGAAUGAUGAUGAUUUUGAGCCAUACCUAAGUAGCCAGACAAAUCAGAGUAACAGCUAUCCACCAAUGUCAGAUCCAUACAUGCCUAGUUACUAUGCUCCAUCCAUUGGAUUUCCGUAUUCUCUUGGUGAAGCAGCAUGGUCUACAGCUGGAGACCCACCUAUGCCAUAUUUGACAACCUAUGGACAGAUGAGCAAUGGUGAACAUCAUUAUAUACCUGAUGGUGUGUUUAGUCAACCUGGGGCUUUAGGAAAUACUCCCCCAUUCCUUGGUCAACAUGGAUUUAACUUUUUUCCUGGGAAUGCAGAUUUCUCUACUUGGGGGACAAGUGGAUCUCAGGGACAAUCAACACAAAGUUCUGCUUAUAGUAGCAGUUAUGGUUAUCCACCUAGCUCUCUUGGGAGAGCUAUAACUGAUGGACAAGCUGGAUUUGGCAAUGAUACUUUGAGUAAGGUGCCUGGCAUUAGUAGUAUCGAGCAAGGUAUGACUGGACUGAAAAUUGGUGGUGAUAUGACAGCUGCUGUGACAAAAACUGUAGGUUCCGCUUUGAGCAGUACAGGUAUGACGAGCAUUGCAGCAAAUAGUGUACCCCCAGUUAGCAGUUCAGCACCAAAACCAACCUCUUGGGCUGCCAUUGCCAGAAAGCCUGCCAAACCUCAACCGAAACUUAAACCUAAGGGCAAUGUGGGAAUUGGGGGACCUGCUGUACCACCACCUCCUAUAAAACAUAACAUGAAUAUUGGAACUUGGGAUGACAAAGGGUCAGUGGUAAAAGCUCCACCCACCCAACCAGUUCUGCCUCCUCAGACUAUAAUCCAGCAGCCUCAGCCAUUAAUUCAACCACCACCAUUGGUGCAAAGCCAACUGCCUCAACAGCAGCCUCAGCCACCACAACCACAACAGCAACAAGGACCUCAGCCACAGGCCCAGCCUCACCAAGUACAGCAGCAGCCGCCGCCGCCGCAGCUGCAAAAUCGUUGGGUAGCUCCUCGUAACAGAGGAGUAGGUUUCAACCAGAACAAUGGACCAGGCAGUGAAAACUUUGGUUUAGGUGUUGUUCCUGUCAGCUCUUCACCAUCUGGAGUAGAGGUUCACCCAGUGCUGGAAAAACUAAAGGCCAUAAGUAACUAUAAUCCCAAAGACUUUGAUUGGAACCUGAAGAAUGGACGUGUGUUUAUAAUCAAAAGCUAUUCUGAGGACGAUAUACAUCGUUCCAUUAAGUACUCUAUCUGGUGUAGUACUGAACAUGGUAAUAAGCGUUUGGAUGCAGCUUACCGUUCUCUGAAUGGCAAAGGUCCGCUCUAUUUACUCUUCAGUGUGAAUGGUAGUGGACACUUUUGUGGAGUGGCUGAGAUGAAGUCUGUUGUGGACUACAAUGCAUAUGCUGGAGUCUGGUCUCAGGAUAAGUGGAAGGGCAAAUUUGAUGUUAAAUGGAUCUUUGUCAAAGACGUUCCCAAUAACCAAUUGCGGCAUAUCCGUUUGGAAAAUAAUGACAACAAACCAGUUACAAAUUCAAGGGACACUCAAGAGGUACCCCUAGAAAAAGCUAAGCAAGUGCUUAAAAUAAUUGCUACUUUCAAGCAUACCACCUCAAUCUUUGAUGACUUUGCACAUUAUGAAAAGCGUCAAGAGGAGGAGGAAGCCAUGCGUAGGAAGAUACAACACUUCCUUGCUAGGGGAAAUAUUGAGAGGGUCCCUAUAAGCAUAUACUACCUUCCCACUAGCGAAGUUAUGCUCUCAGGAGAGAAAUAGAAACAAACAAUAACUAUGUGGAGAUGCCCUGCUAGAAUUACAACACUAAUGAUGUAGACUCUGGAAAUGCCUCCUAUGUCUAAGAAGACGUUAUUAAAGCUUUUUUUUUUUUUCUUCUGCUUAAGGUGACAUCUUUGAACACUUUAACACACAAUUGACUCUUCUUGUAUUGGUUCUCAUCAGCGCAUUUGCCCUUAUACUCUCUCACCAAACACUUGAGAACUGUAACUUUGUCAAGCACUUUCUGUCCUGAAGCUUUUACCAGUAUCUGCUGUCUUUUGUAAUUAUGCAUCCUAGCUAAGGCACAGGAGACUGAAUGAAUGCAAGGAUUCAUUAACUCUUUGAAUUUGUUAAAUACUAACAACCAUUAGAAGUGGUUCAAUGAUGUAAGAUUCAUACUGCUUCAACUUUUUCUUUGUCGUAGUUUUUUAAUUGUCAAUUUUUAGCUCUUUGACAAAUUAAAAGCAAAAUCAUGCCAUAUUUAGUCCUGGAGUAAAACUCAAGUCUAAAUGUUCAUGUGAAAAUUAUUGUAGUAAACUUUCAAUAUGGCAAAGCAACCUUAAGCUAUAUUUUAGCCAAACAAAAUAUAAUCUAAAAUUAUAUUAGAAUGAUAUUUCCCUUGUCUCAAAUUGUUUGGUGUAACAGCAUAUUGAUAUGCAGCUUGGUGGAUGUCACCAAUUAAUGCACAUUCUUCUUCCUCUUCCCCUAUUCUCCUCCCCCAACUUAUAACAUGUAUACUGAAAAAUGUGCAUUUGUCUGAGGAAUUAUUUUGUUUGCUACCACUUGAUGAAUCUCAAAGUUUUAAGUAAAUGUACCUCAGUCUAAUCAGACUUUUUAUGACCUUUCUAACUACAUUUAAAAUAAUCCUUAAUUCUUAUUUCUGGAUCUUUGCGAGCCUGACAGAUUGCUAUCAUGAAGUAAAAAAUUUACUCCUAGAUGAUUCAUUAGCUAAAUAAACAUAGUUCUUGUUUAGCAAGCAUAUACUGUUUCUCACCUUUUUUCCUCCAGCUUUCGCAGUGUUCUAGCAUCCUCAAAAUACUUUGAAAUAUGGCCUUGAUCCAUGAAUUAAAUCAGUAUCUAAGUGAAUAUAUUGAUGUUUUAUUGAUCAGAGCUAUAUUAAUGGGAAUAUAGCAUAUCUGGGUAUUCUUGUAGUUGGCUUUUUUUUUUUUAAACAUCUUACCUUUUCUUUAAUUUUAGCUACAUAUCAGCAUUAAUUUUGUAUCUUGGAAGAAAUUGAUUUAAACAAUUUAAAACAUCAAGCAUCUGUAUUAACUGAUUUGAUUGCAUAACAUGAUGAUGAUGAACAUAAUAUACUAGCACCAGAAAUUACUGUCCUAAACGGAAAAAACUGUGUAGAAAGAAAAUGUUUUAAGGCUGUUAAUAGCAAUACAGAAGAUCCGAAUACCUUGAUGUUUCACAUUACUCCACAUAUGUUCACAUCAUGUUUGGAAAUGUUUCUAUUUACUGUGGUCUCAGUGAUCACUUCAGUUCCAAAAUUUAAUGAUAAAUAUAGCAUUGGUUUCUCUGAGGCUUUCAUUUAAAUAUUUUUAGGUUGCACAGUUCUUCCUGUAUAAAUACUGUAUCCAAAUGAAAUGAUACAGUAUUUACAAAUAACUAUAGCUAUUUCACAGCUACUUAGUAGUCAGUCUAGUUAUUUCAGUGUGUUGAUAACAUUCAAAUCUCAGUAGCAUAAAACAAAAACACUUUUCUUAAAAGGAAAUUGCACCUAUUUUACCCAUUCUAAGUGUUUAAAAAAGUAAGCCAUGAAACUUUUUAUAUCGUGUCUGUUGUAGUUGUUUAUAAUUGCAAUUGGCAUUUGGGUAUAGUUACCAAACUUUUUUUUUUUAAUCAGUAAUGAUAAUAGGGCAUAUCAUAUCAUCAGGAUGUUGGCUAUUCUGCUUGAUCUAAGGAACUGAUCCUUUAGAGCUUCAGAGAGAGCCUGAGCCCUUCUCUACCCCCAGAGGGCCUCUAUUUUUGGCACUUUAAUACAAAUUUUGUUUUUUAAAAAUACAUCUAGUUCAAAUUUGUUUAAUUUACAUAGACUUCUAUGGAAUAAAUCAGCAUGGGAGCACUUUUCAGCAAGCCAGCUGAUUGCAAUAGCAGGCUCAAAUGUCAUGUGUAAUUAAAUAGUUUGAAAUAAGAUUUAUUCACAGUGAGAAAUACAUUGCAGUGCCUUCAACCUGGAUUGCUAAUGUUAAGUGAAAUAGGUGCAAUAGUCCUUUGGAAUAAGAAUUUUCUAUUUUAUAAUGUAGGGUUUUCUCCCAAUUGGUAAUUGUUUUUCUUCAUUAAAUUUUCUUCUAAGCACCCGUUUUCUCUUCCUUCUUGGUCUAUCAACAUAGUACUUAUAAGAUUUAUUUUCCUUCAGUGAAGCUAGUAGAUAAUUGUCUCAGCAGCACAACUGAAUGUUCUUUAACUGUAGGACCAAAUGGCAGAGAACCUGGGUUCUGAGAUGGGAGAGCACUUACCAAAUAUUUGAAGUAAUAGAGAAUACAGAAAAAUUAUUGGCCCAGUAAAUUUUUUGUUUAAUGUUUUUCCUAGUUCUGGUUUGAAUGUUUCUUAUUAAAAUUACCUUCUGUAGGUAUUUUAUGUUGGAAGGUGUUCUAGUUUAUAUAUUUAAAAGUAAAAAACUAACUAACCAAAAUUAGUAUUCUUUCUCUAUACAUACUGGUAUACAUACUGGUACUUGCAGAUUCUUUCCAAAAGAAGCCCCAGCCUUUUUUUAGUUUUGGUAUUUCUUUCCACAUUUUUAACUUAAAAUAGUCAUUCUAACUCAAGAACUGUUUUCUUUUUGAAUACCAUGCAUGGGGGUGGGGCUGAUGUUAAACAGUUUGCAAUAAAAAGAAUCAGCUUAAAUAAUUUAAUACUUUCAAAUGAAUUUUGCAUCCUUUAAAAAUAAGUUUUAAGGAAUUUAAGAGACUUGUGUUUUCAUUAAGUUUUGCAUAUCUUUUGUUAUGCCAUGUAAAUUCCCUUCUCUUUUUCUUAUGAUUAAAGAAAAGGUUAUGAUAAAAUGAUUAGUUCAUUUACAUUCUCUUGUAGCAAGAACAUGGGACUUUGAAUUUUGUCGUGUUUGGGUUUGUUCAUUCAUGUGAAUGAUGGUACAGUUGGGUGAGGAUUUCUGUUAUGGUACCAAAACUCACCAUUUGGUCCUCUUUAAUCUUUGAGGGUUUCAAUAAAAACUGUUCACUCA